UUCAGUUUCAGUGUUCAGUCCGGUCUUUUCGCUUGUCGCGUCGAAAUAGUUAGAACCCUCGAAUAUCUGUUGAAAAAAAAAGUUACUCUCCUCAGAGGUUGUUCCAAAGUGUAUGUGUGUAGCUGGCUGUUCUGUUCUGCUAAAAGGGAGCAAUCACGGUGUUCUUUUUUCCGUAAAGUGAAUUUAUUUCGAUUUUUUGGUAUAAUUUGGAUAGUAAACCAAGUGCCCAGAAUUGCGGGGAGGGAUGUGAGUUAACUUCAUCUGGAUUAUUAAUUUCAAGCAGUGUAAUUUGUGUAAAGUGAGAUAAUUGGAAAAGUCAGCAGUUUUUGAGUGAAAAUCUUGUUUGAUCGACCAAUCGUGGUCGAAAAAUUAGCAAAAGCUUUUGGAUUAGCGUGAUAUUUUACGGAAAGGAGGAUUAUUAACCAGCAGUUCGAAAUGGGCAAAACCAAAAUCCAGUGCAGCAAAUGCCAGAAAAAAUGCUCCGGCGAGGUGUUGCGUGUGACGGACCGAUAUUUCCACAAGACCUGCUUCCAGUGCACCAAGUGCAACAAAUCGCUGGCGACCGGCGGCUUUUUCUCAAAGGAUGGCGCCUACUACUGUACGUUAGAUUAUCAGAAACUGUACGGCACAAAGUGUGCCGCCUGCGGUCAGUACGUGGAGGGUGAGGUCGUGUCCACCAUGGGUAACACGUACCAUCAGAAGUGCUUCACGUGCAGCAAGUGCAAACAGCCGUUCCAAUCGGGUAGCAAGGUUACCAACACCGGCAAAGAAGUCCUCUGCGAAAGCUGUGUCAAUGGUCCAGCGUCGGUUGCAACGACCGUUACAGCUGCACCUCGUUCCACAUCGGCUACUACCUCACCAAAGAGACAAAUCGAACAGAAGCAGGAGCAGCAGACAAUUAAGGAAAUCAUCUCAAGCCCUAGCAGGGCUUCCACGCUGCAUCACCACCAGGAAGCGGUGCGGAAACAGCAGAAUAGCAAGGAUCUCGAUCCGAACGAGUGCGCCGGAUGCUCACAACAGCUGAAAGAAGGCCAGGCUUUGAUUGCCCUAGAUCGACAGUGGCACAUUUGGUGCUUCAAAUGCAAUGCCUGCGGCGUCACACUGAACGGCGAAUACAUGGGCAAAGAUGGGGUUCCGUACUGUGAAAAGGAUUUCCAGAAGUCGUUCGGAGUCAAAUGUGCCUACUGUAAUCGAUACAUUAGCGGAAAGGUACUGCAGGCCGGCGAUAACCAUCACUUCCAUCCGACGUGCGCCCGCUGCACAAAGUGCGGCGAUCCGUUCGGCGACGGUGAGGAAAUGUAUCUGCAGGGUGGUGCCAUAUGGCACCCGCGGUGUGGCCCGGGACCAUCCUCGGAGUCCGGCAUUCUGAACGGGGUCGAGACCAACGGCUUCAACACGGAAACCGAGUUCGAUCGGACCAGUACAAGUGCAAUGAGUGAAAUUCAGUUUUCGUUACGUUCACAAACACCAAGUUUGAGUGGUUCUGUUUAUAGUCCUUACACGCAUAGAAAGUAUCAUCGCACCACGAGCCCAGGCCUCAUUCUAAGAGAGUACAAUCGUCAGGGUUACGAAGACAUCGCUCGUAUCUACACCUACAGCUAUCUAACGGACGAGCCGCACUAUUUGAAGAAAACCAUCGAGCCGUACGAUAAGGCUCCGGUGUCGCCACAUUUCCACCGUCCGCAUCAGUAUGGCAGCGGUCCACGGUCAAGUUCCGGAUCAAGAUCUCAUUCGCGUAGUCGCAGUGCAAUGAAGGUGCUGGUGGAUAGUAUCCGAUCGGAAACACCUCGCCCGAAAAGCCCGGGAAUGAACAACGAGGAACCGAUUGAACUAAGCCACUAUCCGGGCGGUAAAAAACCACUGCCAGGCGAAAAACCAAAGAUAGAACGGGAUGACUUCCCGGCACCACCGUACCCAUACACGGACCCGGAACGACGGCGUCGCUACUCGGAUACAUACAAGCACAUUGAAUCAGACGACGAGGUAGACGGUGAACAUGUCAAGAGGAAAGAAAAUAAAGAGAAUGAGACUGAGAGACGCCUACGAAAGGAAGAGGAAGAACUACGCAAGUUGAAAUCGUCCGGAAUGGGUAAGGUGAUCUUGAAGGACCUCCAAGAACAGAAAAAGUACGAAACAUGGAAACGGGAGAACCUUGAUCCACGGAAUGCGUCGCGCACCCCGUCGGCAUCGAAGGAACCGAGCUACCGGCUGCGCUAUGAGUCGCCAGUCGGGGCUUCGCCAUCCCGAAAUCUCGACCAUCAAAGACCGUACGAAGACGAAUAUUUCGAUCGAUCGACCAGCUACCGCGGUUCCGUGGGUCGGGCUAUUGGGAAUGCACCCAGUUACAAUGCCAUCCACUCGUACAGGUCACCUCCGAAGCCAGGAUACGGAUUUAAAACCUCGACGCUACCCCCUUCGUCGCUAAGAAAUGGUUACAGCUCUGAUUUCUCGUUCGGUGGACUUGGAGACAAGACCCACAGCACGGAGUUUAGCUGUGGCAAGAGUGACAUAUCAGUCGACUCAAUAACUGAAGGGGAUCGGCGAGCUCUCGGUGCGGACAUUCCCGCAUCCAGUACCUACUCCGGUGCGCUAUCCUAUCACUAUCCACAGCAACCGAUCCGUCGCAGCUUGCCAAAUAUGGCCCACUCGAUGCUGGUGCACGAGCCGGCUAAAAUCUACCCGUAUCAUCUGCUGUUGAUCACAAACUAUCGCUUGCCGUCGGAUGUUGAUCGGUGCAAUUUGGAGCGCCAUCUGUCAGAUGUGGAGUUUGAGGCAAUCCUACAGUGUUCUAGAUCCGAAUUCUAUCGUAUGCCCCAGUGGAGACGUAACGAAAUCAAGAGACGUGCUCGGUUAUUCUAAAGUGAAUGCCGACUGGUAAGUAAGAUAUGCGCCGUACCGUGCUGCAGCUGAGAGCGAAACCGUUCACUAUACAACGUACUACGUUAUUGUUUCUUCAAGAAGAAAUUAUUAUACCUAAAAACCAGAGAAUAUGAAAGAGAAAAAUAUUUUAGGUUAGGACUUACUAGCUUCACCAGCAAAGAGUCAUCUCCCCCUCCAUAAUACUUUUCUUUUAUUAAAUUAACUAUACCUACUACGUGUAAUUGUUAGGAAACCCCCUAAUGGGCGAAAGGUGAAGCUAAGCUAGAAAAGCUUAUACAUUAGAUUAAACAAGCCGAACUUGUUAAUGUCAAACUGCAAAAAUCUAACGAAGCCGCAGUCUCGCUUUCGCUUCAGACGCUAUAAAAGCUGUUGAUGGACAAGCAAAAGUGAAACAGCAAAACAAAACAAAUAAUAAAUAUUAUAUUUUAGACCUAAUCGUAUUUAAAGUAAUACAUAAUACAACAAAACAAGUAGUUGAUAGGAAACAGAACCACAAAUUGCAUUUAUAAAGUUUCUGAAGCUGAUGGAAAUUAAUUUUAGCAUCAGUUUAAAAGUAAUUCAUUCUUUGAUUCGGUUUACUAUAGAAGUUACUGGCGACCUAAAACAAGUGAAGUUGAAAACAGUCCCGUUCUUUUCCUAGUUUUUGUUUGUAAAUAUAUUGCAGAGGAUCGUAGGGUCUAGUACGGAAAUAAACACAGCAGAAUUAUUCUAAAAUCAACAAAUAAAACUGGAAACAGCCUUGAACUGAGAAGAAUAUAAUUUAUUGAAUUUUAAUUCACAUAAGUUUUAUUUGAAUCUAAUAAACUGCUAUAGUAAUAGCGACGAACAUACCAUUUACGAAAUAAACAGUGUCAUGUGAAAUUUUGGGUAAACACUAAACGUGGGUUCCUCCAUCGAGAACCGAACGUACAGAUUUACGUAAAUGGUGAUGUAAUUUUAACAUCCAUUCUUGCACAGACACCAAAAUGAAACGAUACAUCAACGGAAGUGAAAUACAAAAAAAAAAAUCGAGAUCACGACUAUGCUAUCGAAUUAAAGCUUAGCGUGUAAAGCAAAACUAUCGCGUUUAAUGUGUGCAUGAAUCAAACCGCUUUGUGAUGUUACCUGGUAAGAAACAUAAAACUGAAUUCGCAAAUAUACUACCUACUGCCAUAGAGAGAGAAAAAACAAAAUGAAUAACAUCAGUUGUAGUAAUUAAAAAAAACCAUCACAAAACGUCAGCGAGCGAGCAUGUAUGUCAGUUAUUGCUGCGCUGCUGCAUCACAAAGACAAAACCUUCAGCCUUCACACGACGAGCAAAUGGGGCGCAUCAUAAAAAUGAACUCGUUAGCAAUAAAUGCCGCAGUAAUUCAAAUCAAAAGAAAGUUUUGUAGUAAAACAUAACAGCAACAAAACACACUGCAGAUAUCACCGAAAACAAGAUAUUUUAAGAUAUAACUGAAAAGUGCAGUCUAGUGCUGCCGCCGCUCUUGAACGAUAUUGUUUUCACUAAGUAAUAGCAUUAGAUUGUAGUAGAAGUGUUCGCCUAUUGCCUAAAAUUGAAUUCGAUUCCUGUUUUGCAUCUCAAAUUCUACGUACGGUAUAUCUAUCUAAUGGACAACGCGCCGCGGUUGUCACCUGCUGCGAGAAGAAACUCAUGCACCUCUGCAAAUGUUAGGACAGAAUCAUCAUCAUGUACGUAGGUACCUACGCACGUACAGUGAUUAGCGCGCGCAGCUAGACGGCAUGCAAAAUCAGAAGAAAGUGAAAGCAUACAUAGAAGCUACACACAUAAUUAAGAGCCUCCGCGCCUUUUUUUGUGUUGAGAAUACAUAGAGCUAUUUAUUGAACAAGAAAUUU